CGAUGUCAAUACGUUGCGCUUGGCAGCUGAGAUGUUUUGUAUAAAGUUCCUGCCUCUUUAGCCUGAUGGAUAAUUUUUGAUAGGACAAAAAUGCCACGCGUUUCUCUGGUCCUUGUUUUUCAGUAUUUGAAGCCGGUUUCACRAGACGGCUUAAUGUGACUGAGCAAGGGGCAUAUUUUUGAGUUUUCGGGGGUUUGUGUCUGUGCUGUGCCUUCUGCGGGGAGCAGGCGAGGAGCCUCUUCACCCUUCAAAACAAACUCUCCUUUAAUUCUGAUUCAUCCCUCAGUGUUAGCGCUACCAUCUCCACGCUCCUCUGGAAUUGAGACUAAUUUCAUCCAGAUUCGUCACUGCUGGAAGCAGAUUUAUCUUGGAAUGGCAAAAAUAAAAGAGCCGUGCCAAGAAAAAAUUAAAAUAAAAUGGAGCACAUGUUACUGCUAUUCAUAUUUUUCAUACCUAUAUUGGGUGUCAGCAAUGGAACAGAAACUGAACAAGAUUUUACUUGGCACUUAAAGAAGAUUCCCCAGAUUGUGAGAGAAAGAACUUUCUCCCUUGACAGCCCUAAAUUUGAAGCAAAUACAGAAUUAGAGCUGAACAGCGUAUGUGGGAUUGAAUGUCAGAGAAAACUGCCAGUGCCAAGCUUGUCUGACUUGAAGAACCUCUUAUCCUACGAGACUGUUUUUGAAAAUGGCACACGGACCCUGACAGAAGUGAAUGUCCUUGGGGCAGUGCCUGACCCAGCUGGGAACACAACCACCCGAAGGCCUUCGAGGAAGAAGAGGCAGAUUUAUGGAACAGACAGCAGGUUCAGCAUCUAUGACAAGAAGUUUAUGACCAACUUUCCGUUCAACACAGCUGUCAAGAUCUCCACAGGCUGCAGUGGCAUUCUGGUUUCCCCCAAGCACGUGCUCACAGCAGCYCACUGUCUGCACAAYGGCAAGGAUUAUGUUAAGGGCAGCAAAAGGCUGAGGGUGGGCCUCAUGAAGACAAAAUCCAGAGGCARCGGCAGGAAACGCAAAGGCGCUAGGAGAAGCAGGAGAGACAUUUCUGCGGCCAAAGAGGAUCCCAAAGCCACCACAGAAUCAAGGCGACAAUCCAAAGGUGAUGGGAGAAAGCAGAGGAGAUCUGGGAGGAAGCAAGAGAGCUCAGAUAGCACACCUUCCUUCCAGUGGACACGGGUGAAGAGUACCCACAUCCCAAAAGGCUGGUUUAAGRGUGUCUCUGGGGAUAUUGCUCUGGAUUAUGAUUACGCAGUUCUUGAGCUCAAGCGUCCCCACAAAAGGAAAUAYAUGGAGCUGGGAAUCAGCCCAACAAUCAAAAUGAUGCCUGGGAGCAUGAUCCACUUCUCGGGUUUUGACAAUGAUCGCUCUGGGCAGCUAGUGUAUAGAUUUUGUAGCAUUUCUGAUGAGUCCAAUGAUCUGUUUUAUCAGUACUGUGAUGCUGAGCCUGGCUCCACAGGUUCUGGCAUCUAUCUCCGCCUUAAGGAGCCAAACAAAAAGAAGUGGAAACGCAAGAUCAUCGCUGUUUACUCAGGCCAUCAGUGGGUGGACAUCAAUGGUGAACAGCAGGAUUACAAUGUAGCAGUACGAAUUACUCCUCUCAAAUAUGCCCAAAUUUGCUUCUGGAUACAUGGGAAUGAUGAGAAUUGCACACUAGGCUGAAGAGAGCUGAACCUCACUUGCUUAGCACCUGCACUGCCAUAGAGUGAAAGUCGGCCACCACAGUUACUGGAAGAACAUCACAUCAGAAUGCUUUUGAACUCAAAGCUCUUAAGUAGUGCUAUGGUGACUUGAGGAAUGCUGAAUUUCUGGGGGAGGGGUAGGAUUGUCAGAAAAAAUAUUUCUAAUUGUAAUCAACCUAGAUAUGCACUUAAAAUCCCAAACUAUAUUUAUGUUUGCAAUUGUGAUAAAUUCAAGUCAUUCAUGAGGGAAAAAAAAUGACUGCACCUGUUUGUCACUUUUUUUCCCCAGGGGAUGGGUUGAAACAUCUCAAACUGGUAUUAUUAAACAAUAUCUUUUUUUUUUUUU